GUAGGGAACUGUUUGCUUAUAAAAGUUAACAAGUCUAGAAGAAAAUAAUUAAACGCGUAUAAUUUGUAAAUUUCAUAGUUGUUAUAAUAUUUAGAGAAUAAAGUAUGAGCUGAAUGUAUUCAAAUGUUUUUUGUUAAAAAGAAAUUCUUCAAUUUUGUUGUUGACUUUAAGAUGAAAGGAAUAUUUCAGAGAGCGCCACAUGUAAAUUGAUGAAAACACGUCAUCGUUACAUUUAACAGUACACAAGUGGAGGAAUGAAAUUUUUCCUCACACGCGAAUUUUAAAUGUUAACAUCUGUGUAAAAAUUAUUCCUUUCGCGUAAUUAGGCAUUUUUCAUGAUAAAAAAAUGUACUUAAAAAACGUGACAAUUGUUAAAUUAUUAUGGAGAUCAUUCUAACCUAAUUUACCUUCCUUGAAUGAAUAAUAUCGUAAUAUAAAGUAUGAUGUCCAAUGGAAUUUGGAUCUCUACUGAAGAAGUUGGAGGAAAAUCAAUGUCAAAGAAUGCAAAUUGUUCACCCAUAACAUCUUCAACAUUGAAUUCUCCACUUAUGAAGUUGUCUUCAUAUUUCUUAGCUGUUCGACCAUGGUCAUUAAGUGCUUCAUUAAUGCCAACACUUCUUGGAUCUGCAUUAGCAUAUCGAUUAACAAGUACAGCAAGUUUUAGCUGGAUAUCUUUGAUUCUAACAGUAUAUACAGUUUUUUGUGUACAUGGGGCUGGUAAUGUAGUGAAUACUUAUUUCGAUUACAUAAAAGGAGUUGAUAGCCGGAAAAGUGAUGACAGGAUAUUGGUAGAUCAACUUUUAUCAAAGGAUGAACUAGUUUCACUAGGUGCAAUAUUAUAUACAGCAGGGUGUUUGGGUUUUGUUCUAUUAACAACUAUAUCUCCUGCAAGAAUGGAACAUCUUGCACUUGUGUAUUUUGGAGGUUUAUCCUCUUCAUUUCUUUAUACAGGAGGAAUAGGAUUUAAAUACAUUGCAUUAGGUGAUGUCCUUAUCUUAGUUAUAUUUGGUCCAAUUUCAGUUUUGUUUGCAUUCAUGGCUCAAACUGGUUAUAUCGAACUAGGUACAAUAUACUAUGCUAUACCUCUUGCAUUAAAUACAGAGGCUAUUCUACAUAGUAACAAUACCCGAGACUUAGAAAGUGAUAAAAAGGCAGGCAUAGUGACAUUAGCUAUUUUAAUAGGUCAUACCGUAUCUCAUGUUUUGUACGCUUUUUUAUUAUUCACACCAUAUGUAACUCUGGUAGUGCUUGCAUUAAGGUAUUCUAUAUGGUUUUUAUUACCAGUAACUACUUUACCAACUGCCUUCAAGAUAGAAAAACAAUUCAGAAGCCCUCAUAUGAUUCAGAGUGUACCCAAGCAAACAGCUAAAUUAAAUAUGUUUCUGGGCAUUUUAUAUGUCAUUGCUUGCUUACUUGUGAGUCCCCUUCCCUAUCUGUAACAUACAUAAGAUUUGGUAUCAUUAUCCAGAAAAGAACUUAAAUGUGCAAAUAAUUGUAUGAGCAGCUGUUAGUGUAAUCUUAUUUAAGUUACAAAUGUUGCUUUCACCACUUUACAUUGUUAUUAAUUCUUAAUUACAUGGUCAAGUGAUGCAUUAUGAAAUGCAUUUUUUAGUAUAUCAUAUUAAUAAUAUUUGUAAUACAAUAAAGAUUUGGAGAUAAUUUUCUAACAACGCAAAAGUCUUGAAUAUGUACAAAGAAAUUAUACAGUUAAUAAUUUGAAUUUCUAUUUGUAAUUUUUCCAUUGUGUGUGAUUAAUGUAUUUUCGCACUUAAAAUAAGUGUAAAAGAUGAAUUUAUGAAUAUAUAUAAUUAUUUAAAUAUGUUUAUAAUAAUUUAUCUUAAAUAAUUUAUCUUCUUUAUUUAGAAACUAAGUAAUAUUAUUUAUAAAAAACUGAUAUGCAUAUCUUUUGUAAUCUCAAGGAUAUAAGAAUCUCAAGAAUAGAAAUCUACACGUACAUUGAAAUUUUUACAUUUUAUAAAUUGAUAAAUUUACGAGAUAAGACAAUAAAUUCUUACGAUAUUUUGAUAACGUACCAAUAGAAUAUUAUUUCGUCGUUUCGUACUGAUAUAUAGAUUUGUAAUACAACAAUUAUUGUAAAUUAUUAACGUGACAGUGUUUAUAAUUACUUUAUUGUUCUCUUCCUAUUUUAAAGUGCAGGAUGCAAAUAGAUCGAAAUGUCUACGUAUUACAAAAAACCAAAGUAAUAAAAUUAAAAUUAAUUUCACUCGUUCGUCAAAAAUAAAACAAUAUAUUGUAUUUCUAAAUGUAAAAUAUAAGAUACAACUUAUAAACGAUUAAACCACUAUAAUACAUUAAAAUUAAUUUUAUCAUAUGUAUAAAUUAAUCACAACUAUUUAUGAAAGUAGAUCCUUGGUAAUAUCUCUUGUUUCUAUUAUAUAUUUAUGUAAACAACGCAAUCUCAACGAGAACAAGAUAUAUCAUAUAAAAUACGAAUAUUAAAGAAAAAAGCUAAGUUUUUAUGGCAAUAAUUUAAUAAAUCAUCGUGUAUCAAUUAUUUUUCCUUUGUUUCCUGUUUUAAAAAAUCAUUUCCCGUACGUUUUAAUAAGUUCGAUAUAUGCAUAAAUACAACAAAAUGUUAUGGAAUUUUUGUUAUUAAAAUAUAAGUAAUUUAUAACUUUAAAUAUGUUGCGUGUUUUUCAUGUUUUUUUCUCUUCAAAAUAUAAGUUGCUAUAAACAUGAUUAUCGAUCUUAAUCGAUAUAUUGAAAAGUAUAAUUUCGAUUAUCGAUAGAACAAACAUAGAGAGAGAUCGUUAAAACAUUAUAACAUUAAAACAUACAAAAAUUUAUUUCAACAUUUAGUAUAAAAUUAUACACUUAAUAAGCUACUUUUUAUAAAAAAAAAAUCAAAAUGCACAAAUAUCAAACGCUCCUUGAUCCGAUUGUGGUAUGUCCAUAUGACAAGAGUCACUCUGUCGCAAAAUCUCGUCUUCCAAAGCACAUUAUCAAAUGCGAAAAAGUAAGUGUGUAUUAUAAACACAUUGAUCUUUUAAUAAUUCCAAACAAUAAACUAUCUUCGUGAAAUAUUCUUAAAAUAUAGUUAUGUAAAUACAUUAAAUCUUUAAAAUAGCAAUAUCCUGAACAUUAUAAACUCAUGUGUCCAUAUAAUGCAUCCCACCGAUUGUCUAAAAAAGAAUUCGAGGAACAUAUCACUACCUGUCCCACACGUAAUAUAUUGGAAUCAGAAAUAUAUUCAG